CACUGCGGGCGGAAGGAAGGAAGGAAGGGCGGAAGGGCGCGGGCGUCACAGACGGAAGUGGACCUGGGACGGUGAAAGGAAGGUGAAGAGAAGCGCGUCUGUCAGUCAGUCUGUGAGAGAGAGAGAGAGAGACGCACACAAUGGCAGGACUUCCCAAGCGUAUCAGCAAGGAAACUGUUCGCUUGAUGCAAGAACCAGUGCCAGGGAUUCAGGCACGGCCAGACGAGAAUAAUGCUCGUUACUUUCAUGUUGUUAUUGCCGGUCCCCAGGACUCCCCUUUUGAAGGCGGAAUUUUUAAACUUGAACUAUUUCUGCCAGAAGAAUAUCCCAUGGCAGCUCCUAAAGUACGCUUCAUGACCAAAAUCUAUCAUCCAAAUGUAGACAAGCUGGGCAGAAUCUGUUUAGACAUUUUGAAAGAUAAAUGGUCUCCAGCUUUGCAAAUUCGGACAGUGCUGCUAUCAAUCCAGGCAUUAUUAAGUGCCCCAAAUCCUGAUGAUCCAUUAGCAAAUGAUGUAGCUGAACAGUGGAAGAGCAAUGAGGCCAAAGCCAUAGAAACUGGUAAAGUCUGAGGAUUUUCUGUUGCUUUUUGCUGAUCAGGGUGAGGUGGGGAAUCUUUUGGCUACUGAGGGCCGGAUGCCUUUUUUGAGACAUCUCGAAGACAUCAAAUUCAAGGAUUGUUAUUAUUUAUUAUUAUACCCUAGUUGAGAAACGUCUGCAGGCCGCACAAGCAAUAUUGUUGUGUU